GCGCUUCAUAGUCUCGCUCUGUAACUCUCUCUCUCUAUACAGUUGCUAUCUUUGAAUUAAUUUGUGAUUCUUGUUUGUUUUUUCAAUUAAAACCACAGACAAAGUGUCAUCACAUACAGCAACUCUUUCUCUCCUCCUUUAAUGGUUUAGGUUUGCUUUUUUUCACCCCUCUCUCUCUUUCGUCUCUUCUUAAACACACUCUUGUGCUUGGUAGGUUGUGCCGUUGGAUUUAUGGGCCCAAUUUUCCACUUAAGAUUAAUGGUGAGAGAGAGAGGGUAUCUCUCAUCUCUUUUCUUCAGUGCUUUUCUUUACCCAUUUUCUUACUGUCUCGCAUUUGGUGUUCUAGGGUUCCUAUAAGGAUAAGAUUUGGGAUUUGUGCUUUCUCUCUCUACAAUCCAUGACAGUUGAUUCUCCGUUGUUUUCCAUAUGGGAUUUUUUUUUUCAGACAUGGUUUCUGAAAAUUGAGAAAUUUGAUAUUUUUGGGUCUGAGGUUUUGAAGAUUGAAAAUUUUGGUAUUUGGAUCUGAAUUUUGAUCAGCCUGUGUUGAGUCUGUUGACUGUAUACUCUGUUUUGGUGCUCGGUAAUAGAGAUUCGCAAGUUGGGGUUUAAAUUUCUGUGGCGGAUUGUUGGUUUUUUGAGGUUAACUCUGGAAUUUCUUGGGAUCCCUAAGCGAGUUUAUAAGAUUAAGAUAUGGUGAUCAUUGCACGUCCAAUCGGACUAUUUCAAAUCGAGAAUUUCAAUAUUGUUUCUUUGGAAACUUAAGCCAGAUUUUUAUCUGAUUUUCUGAGAUUGGAUUUUUGUUUAUGAAGGGUUUGAUGGUUGAUACAUAGCCAUUUGAUUUUGAAUCUGGGCUUUCAAGCUGCAUUGAUGUUCAUGAAUUUGGAAUUGGGAGCUAUUGAAUGUUAAAGAAUGGACAAAGUGAUUCAACCUCCUCUGGUUGAUACAACAGCAUGUUUUUGUAGAGUAGAUGCAGGCCUCAAAACUGUUGCUGGAGCGAAGAAAUUUGUUCCUGGGACAAAGCUCUGUCUUCAGCCCGACAUCAAACCUUCUAUUCAUCCAUCUAGGCAGAAGCCAGCGCGUGGCGACAGAAACCGGAGCCAAUCCCCCCUGCUUCCUGGACUUCCUGACGAUCUUGCUAUUGCUUGCUUGAUCCGGGUCCCAAGAGUUGAGCACCGUAAGCUCCGGCUAGUCUGCAAAAGAUGGUAUCGUCUUUUGGCUGGUAAUUUCUUUUACUCGCUUCGAAAGAGCCUUGGAAUCGCAGAAGAAUGGAUAUACAUCAUGAAGAGAGACCGAGAUGGUAAAAUCUCGUGGCAUGCCUUUGACCCCAUAUAUCAGCUUUGGCAGCCUCUCCCUCCCAUCCCCAAGGAAUAUUCUGAAGCUCUUGGGUUUGGAUGUGCUGUUCUCAGUGGCUGUCAUCUGUACUUGUUUGGUGGCAAAGACCCAAUGAAGGGUUCCAUGAGGCGAGUCAUUUUUUAUAGUGCACGGACUAACAAAUGGCACCGUGCUCCAGAUAUGCUUAGGCGACGACAUUUCUUUGGCUCUUGUGUCAUAAACAAUUGUUUGUAUGUAGCUGGUGGGGAGAAUGAGGGGGUGCAUCGGUCCUUGAGAUCAGCUGAAGUUUACGAUCCCAACAAGAAUCGGUGGUCCUUCAUUUCGGAUAUGAGCACAGCAAUGGUGCCAUUCAUUGGGGUUGUUUACGACGGCAAGUGGUUCUUAAAGGGGCUAGGAUCUCACCGACAGGUUCUAAGUGAGAUGUACGAACCUGAAAAUGACAGCUGGUACCCUGUUUAUGGCGGAAUGGUUGCAGGCUGGAGGAACCCGAGUGCUUCCUUAAAUGGGCAUCUCUAUGCUUUGGACUGCAAAGAUGGCUGCAAACUUAGGGUUUAUGAUGAAGCGACUGAUUCCUGGAGCAAGUAUAUUGAUAGUAGGAUGCAUUUGGGGAAUUCCAAGGCUUUUGAGGCAGCCGCACUUGUCCCUCUCAAUGGAAAACUUUGUAUUAUUCGAAACAAUAUGAGUAUUUCAAUGGUUGAUGUGUCAAAAUCUGGAGAUGCAAGGGGUGCUACUGCAGAACAUUUAUGGGAAACUAUUGCCGGGAAGGGACAGUUCAAGACAUUGGUCACGAAUAUCUGGUUGAACCUUGCUGGUAGAAACCGCCUUAAAAGUCACAUAGUUCAUUGCCAGGUUCUUCAAGCCUGAAGAUGGUACUCUAAUCAGACGAAAGAUGGACUUGGUGUGUUGUAUCUCCUAAUACAUUGUGAUCUGAUAGGAGGCUGUGUCAUGCUUAUAAAGAACAAGUUGCCAAGCUUGUGGCAAUUCAUGCACACAGAAGAUAUGUUGUUAGUAUAAUUUAAAGUUUAAAUGAUCAUAUGUAUCAUCAAUAGGCUCUAGAUCAAUGAGGAUGCUUGUUUUGGUUUGUCAUAAA